ACCAGAUGGUAAGGAGAUCCUACUGCCUACAGCUGAAUUGUCGAAAAAGCAAAAGGCACCAAAAAACGCGGCUUCAACCUGCAAAGUUCGUGCACUUACGCGACAACAACACAACCAACACAGCUGUGGUUUCAUUUUUAUACUUCCAUACAGUCAUCACAAAGGCAUAUACAAAUAAAAAAUAUAUAUUCCUUGAAUUUAUAUCAGAAUAAAAAGAAUUAUUGAGAUCUAUCUUGAGACUGAUUCAACAGAUCUAUCAUAUACUACCCAGAUCCAAAUUUGUCAAAAAAUAAGCCUUUUGUUUUUUGGGUCUGAUAUCCGAGGUAUAGUGUUGUUUCCUUGAAGCUUCUCGGAUUAUAUACGGAUUUUUGGUGACAGUCUAUUGGGUUUCUCGAUUUGGAAAGUUUACUAAAAGUAUGUUGUCAGAUUGGAUGGAAAGUUCAAGGAGUAAUAGAGUGGAGAAGAGAGGGCUUGAGCAGGGUGUGGAGGAUGAUGACGAGCAUGGACAUGGAGCGAAGAAGCCAAAGUUGCCGGCUUUGGCGAGCUAAGGAAAUUGUGAGAUGAUUGGGAGAUUGAAAUCCAAAAUUGCAUUGAGAACUGAAACUUGGGUGUUUAACAAUAAGAGGAAGGUGAAAUGCUAGACAAGUCCCUGUCUCUUAGAUGCGGUCAAUAAAUCUAAUGAGAUAUGAGAUAGCAGGGGAUGGUGUCGGAAGAAGAUAUUGGAGACGACCACCUUGUAAAUUUUGUCAACUUAUUUUUGUGCUCUAGAUGCUAAUCAUAUGUUCCAGACUUAUAUUUGUCAACUCUGUAAUUGUGGAAGCUGUGAAGGUAGAUAGUUUGCAAAGACUUUGCUCAUCUUUGGAGCCUCUUCUCCGCAAAAUUGUCAGCGAAGAAGUGGAGCGUGCUUUGACAAAGCUAGGACAUUCUCCACUGGCUGGAAGGUCUCCACCAAGAAUACAAGGCCCAUGUGGAAAAAACCUGCAACUUCAUUUCAAAACAAGAAUGCCACCUCACCUAUUCACAGGUGGCAAGGUUGAGGGAGAGCAAGGAGCAACCAUCCACGUUGUCUUGCUAGACCUGAAUACAGGCAGUGUUGUGCAAACUGGGCCGGAAUCAGAAGCCAAACUGAACGUUGUGGUGCUUGAAGGAGAUUUCAAUGAGGAGGCAGAUGAAGCUUGGACCAAAGAGCAGUUUGAAAGCCAUGAAGUAAAGGAACGUGAAGGGAAAAGACCACUUCUAACUGGGGAUAUACAGGUGAUCCUCAAGGAAGGCAUAGGAACUCUGGGAGAUCUUACUUUCACUGACAAUUCUAGCUGGAUAAGGAGCAGGAAGUUUAGGCUUGGCAUUAAGGUUGCCCCUGGAUAUUGUGAGGGAAUUCAAAUUCUUGAGGCUAAAACAGAGGCUUUUGCGGUGAAAGAUCACAGGGGUGAAUUAUACAAGAAGCAUUACCCUCCUGCUUUGCAUGACGAAGUUUGGAGAUUGGAUAGAAUAGCUAAGGAUGGAGCACUGCACAAAAAGUUAAUCAAGGCUGAAAUUGUCACUGUUGAAGAUUUCCUCCGCCUUCUUGUCAAGGAUCAACAGAGACUAAGAAGUAUCCUUGGAAGUGGAAUGUCCAACAGAAUGUGGGAGAAUACAGUGGAGCAUGCAAAGACGUGUGUCUUGGGUGGGAAGCUUUACAUUUACUACACUGAUGAAAUCCACAGCACUGGCAUCGUGUUCGACAAUAUUUAUGAGCUCAGAGGCCUUAUAACUGAUGGGCAGUUCCUCCCUCUGGAGUCGCUUUCCGACCGUCAAAAGAUUUCAGUGGAUACUCUGGUGAAGAGAGCAUACGAGAAUUGGCAUCAAGUUGUGGAAUAUGAUAGCAAAGUUCUGAACUCUCUCGCCAGUAAUAAGAAUGGGAUAUCACCUGCACCAAUAGCUGACCACAACUAUGCCACAGAUCGGAAUAUAACAACUCUUCAGAACAGUCAGCAAUAUAGCCCUGAACUGAGCACACAGAGUCACUAUAACAACCAAUCAGUCCCUCAGUUGAUUGAAUUUCCAUUUGUGAGGUCUAGUCAAACACCAGUUAUGACGUUAAAUAAACAAGCAGUGUUAUCAGGCAGCAUAGAUUGUAUGUCAGCUGGAACUCCUGCAGUUGGUGGUUCAUAUUUUUCAGGAGAUUGGUCUCAACCGAGGAAUGAGCAGGGAUCAGAAGAUGUUUUUGCUGAGGAAAUCCGCCUUAGGAGCUCGGAGAUGUUGGAGAGUGAUGACAUGCAGAGGCUACUAAAGACAUAUAGUAUGGGCGUUGAUGUUGGAAUGGGGGUUGGUUUUGGUCAUCCUGAUGAGGCCUGUUUCUCUUACAGUGUAGAAUAUGCGCCUCAGAUGGAUAGGACAUCUAGGCAUGAGCAUGGCCGGAGCUCAGGGAAAGCUGUUGUUGGAUGGCUUAAACUUAAAGCCGCUUUAAGGUGGGGGAUAUUCGUGAGGAAGAGAGCUGCAGAAAGGAGAGCUCAGCUUACUGAGAUAGAUUGAGUUAACUACUUGGAUCUGCUGUCAUCUCGGGUUUCAGUGAGAGAAUAUCAUUCAGUGCCUUAAAAUUUAACCAUCUGAUUGUCCAGAAGACACAGAUGAAGAAAUGAAAGGAUGGAGUUUAUUUGCAUUAAGAAUGAAGGGCUACAAAUGAUUUCAGUUUUCCUUCUUUCUUUCUUGAAACCGAAGAUAUACCUGAAAAGAGGAGAAAGAAUAGUCAUACAUCAAGUUUGCUGGAUGUUUUUACCUCUAUUUACUUGUUCGAAGCACCUUUCUCUUUAUUUAUUUUCCUUCUCCUAUGAAUCACCCCAACUUAUUUCCUUUCAUCUGUUUGUAAUAUCAUUAUUCUUUUUUUCCAAACUAAUUCACGAUAUAGCGUUUCUAAAUAAUAAUAAUCUUUUAUUCUCUA